ACGAGGGGGGGAGGAAAGUGACGCUUACACACAAGCCGGAGCUGAGAAGGGGAAUAGUUUCUUUCUUUUUGUUUCUUUAAUUUAUGUCAUUUAUUAUUUUGCGUUUUGUUGAUAUAUAGCAGCAUUAUCGUAACGGGGUUUACAGCCUUACUUUUUUAGCGCUUUCUUUCUGUCGUUAACUUUCAUGCCGCUCUCCCUUCACGCGGCGCUGUUUUGACAGUCGUGUCGCUGUGAUCCAACUCAAGCUAGCAACGUGACAACUUGGACGAUUCUCUACACCGACUCUAUAAACACCGACCACCAGAAGGGGCUCCAGACUGUAGGCAACACCAUGCUCCUGCAGUAAGCCGAAGGCAGAGAAGAGAGGCCCUAGACGACCUCUAAGGUGGUGCUUGGCCUGUUGGUGUCUCCCUUCCUUCCUCUCUGGCUGGCAUACCGCUGCCUCUUCAUUUCACCUGAUCGCUCCAUAUCCCCUGGCUAAGGCUUGCUAUGGACUGUUCUUCGCACCCUGCUGCAGCCCACUCCAGUACACUACCUUAGUGGGUCUAACUCAACUUUUGUCUGUGGUUCCUUUCCACACUCGCUGUUCAUAAUCCAGCAUAGACCUGGUACCACCCACAGCCACUCCUGGGUCCUCCACCCAACCCCCUCCCCACUCCCACCCUCUCCCCUCCCCUAAGAAGAUGUCAGUGAGCCUGACAACAGACAUCCAGCAGGAGGGAGAGAAUGGGCCACAUAUCGAGCCCUGCAGCCGAGGCAAAACCUCCCCCCAACCACAGGGUACAAAGGAUGGGACAGGAGAAGGCUUGGAGCCAGAAGAAAGCUCCCCCCAGGAUUUACAGAAACGACCUCCUAACCACAGUCAUGGCAGAAAAAGGGCCAAGUCUAAUGCCAAAGUGAAGCUGGUACGGAGUUUGGCAGUAUGUGAAGAGUCCUGUGGUCCGUUCUCCAACGAUGGACCUCCAGAAUCGGAUAUCAUUCAACUUCACAUCAGCUGCCCAUCAGACAAAGAAGAGGAAAAGUCCUCAAAGGACGAGUAUGAAAAUGAAGAAAAAGAGAAGAAGGACAAGACUCCUCGAAAGAUGUUGUCGCGUGACUCCAGUCAGGAAUACACUGACUCCACAGGCAUUGAUGUCCAUGAAUUUUUGGUCAACACACUGAAAAACAAUCCCAGGGAUCGAAUGAUGCUGCUUAAACUAGAACAAGAUAUCCUGGAGUUUAUUAACGACAACAAUAACCAGUAUAAGAAGUUUCCUCAGAUGACUUCCUAUCAUCGAAUGCUGCUGCAUCGUGUGGCUGCCUACUUCGGCAUGGAUCACAAUGUAGAUCAGACAGGGAAGGCUGUCAUCAUCAACAAGACGGGCAACACACGCAUCCCAGAACAAAGGUUCUCUGAACACAUCAAGGAUGAGCGUAAUAUGGACUUUCAAAAGAAAUUCAUUCUUAAAAGAGAUGAUGCUAGUAUGGACAAAGAUGAUAAUCAGAUUCGUGUGCCACUGCAGGACGGGAGGCGUAGCAAGUCCAUUGAAGAGAGAGAAGAAGAGUAUCAGCGGGUACGAGACCGGAUCUUUGCCCGAGAAUCGUCUCAGAAUGGAUACAUCAAUGACAACAGACUUUCCACUGAGGGCUACUGCUCUAGCUCUCAAAAGAGGAGGCAGAUUUUUAGAGGGAACCGUGAGAGCUCCAGCCGGGCGUCUAGCAGUCGUCAAAGCAGCACGGAUAGUGACAUGAAGUGCCUGGAGCCACGGCCCUGGAGCAGCACCGACUCGGACAGUUCCAACCGCACCCUCCGGCCACCUGUGACUAAAGCCAGCAGUUUCUCUGGUAUUUCCAUCCUGACCAGAGGGGAUAGCCUUGGCAGCAACAAAGGAUCACAGGGAAGCUGCAAAGGCUCUCGCUCUGUUUUGCCUCUAGUCAGUCCAGAUGUGUGCCCCCCACCCAUAGCUUCCCAGUCCAGCCGUAGCUUGCUUCCCUGCCCAUCUCAGCCACAACAGCCACCAGCACAAGCUCCACCUCAGACUGCCCUGCUACCCACACCACAGCAACACCCCAUGGGUAACCACAUGAUUGCUCAGCCAGUGGCGUCUCUACAACCUUCUCAACCUGUCUCCUACUCCAGCCCUUCCUGUCCCCAGGUUCUCCUGCCAGUUUCUCCUCCUCAGCAGUACACAAUGGGAGAAGAGCUGGCAUCUCAAUUCACCCAGAUGACGCUGAGUCGACAGGGCUCCAGUGAGAACCCUGAACCUCCUCCUAUGUAUCAGGCGCCCCCCACAGUGCUUUCACAGCAUCCUCCACCUCAGACCGGCUACAUCAUGGCUACCACGGGUCAGCCUUUGCAGCCUCCAUCUGGCUACCAAACUGCUACCGGACACCCUCAUCCUCCACCUCCACCACCUCCUCCAUCACAGCCUGUUAUACAGGCUCCACCACCACAAGGCUACAUACAGCCCCCUCCACCUCAACAGAUACAGGUGUCGUAUUAUCCUCCUGGUCAGUAUCCCAGUUCAGGCCAGCAGUACCGUGUGUCCCAGCCUAUGUCCCAUCAGGUGUCGUACCCAGCCCAACGCACACAGCCCAUGCCUCAGCCUAGUCAGCAGUCAGGUCUUCAGACCAUAAUGCCCAGCCAGCAGCCAAGCUAUCAGGGUAUGAUGGGGGUUCAGCAGCCUCCAAACCCUGGCCUUCUUAAUUCCCAGAGGGCAGGUAUGGGAGGUCAGAUGCAAAGCAUAAUGGUCCAAUAUCCACAGAUGCCAUCAUAUCAGGUACCAGUGGCAAAUGAGAAUCAGCAGGUGGUGACGCAGCAGUACCAGCAGCAGGUCAUGGUACCAGUCAGCCAGUCUGUCCAGGGGCCCAUGCCUGUCUACUACAGUGUUAUUACACCCACACAGCAGAAUAGCACAAGCCCGUCAGUAGGUUAUCUGCAGCCCCCCAGCUCUGAGCAGUUUCAGAUUACACAGUCGCCAUCUCCCUGCAACCCUCAGCCAUUGCAACAACAAUAUUCAGGAGUAGCUCCUCCUGGACCUGGGGUGAUGGUCAUGCAGCUCAGUGUCCCCAAUGGACCACAGCCUUCCCAGAAUCCUCCUCUGGUCCAGUGGAACCCAUGCAAGUAUUACAGCAUCGAACAGAGAGCCAGUAAACCAGGAGAGCUCUACAAACCUGAUAACACUCCACAGGCCAGCACUCAGCUGACGAGUCCCCUGGCCUCCCCCACUCAGUCUCCCACACCAUCUCCUUCUGGUAGCGUCAACAGCUUAUGUCCAGGCCUGGGACCAUUGCCCCUCAUUUCCCAGUUUACCAGGCAAGGAGGUCCUCCUCAAGGUGAUGGUCGUUACUCUUUGUUGGGGCAGCCUCUUCAGUACAGUCUCUGCCCUCCACAUCUCAUGCAUGGCCAGUCCUCCUACAGCUCCCACCAGAGUCAAGGAGUGAUGAAACACGGGGCGCGAGGGAAAAAACAAACACUCAAAUCUGCGUCUACAGAUCUUGGAACCACUGAUGUAGUGGUGAGUCGGGUUCUUGAAGUCACCGACCUGCCAGAGGGAAUUUCACGUCCAGAGGCUGAGAAGCUCUUCAACCAGCUGUCACUGUGCGGUGCCAAGAUCCAGUGGCUAAAGGAACCCCAGGGAGGUCGAGGAGUAGCAGGAGGCUGUGGCCCCUGUCCUGGAAUGGGUCUGUCUGGACCAGGAGCCAGCGCAGGGCCUGGGGCCUGCAUGGGAGCAGGUGGAGGAAAGUGUGGUGACAUUAACGACCCAGCUCACCUCUACACAGUAGUGGCAGUGUUCCCCAGCACCAUGGCUGCUCAAAGUGCUUCCUUCAAACUUAAUAACAGCGGGGCCACCCUCUUCAAACUGAGGGCCGCCAAAAAGAACUAUGACCUGCGUGUGCUGGAGAGAGCCAGUUCUCAGUGAGAGGAGGGGAAACACACAGACUCUGGGUAGAACAGUGGAAAAGGAAGGAGGACUGAGAGGGGGCUGCUAUUAGUGUACAAUUUACAAUGAAACAAAAAAGUGAAAUGACGUGUCAAAUGUAUAAAAGGGAAGAAGGUGUGAAUCAUGAGGUGGAUGGUGUUUGGUUGCAAAUCUGAUUUUCAUCGUUUGUUUUUCUUCGUUGGGUUUUGUUUUGUAAUUUAUAAAGUGGAAGAGCACACAAGACACGCGAGCAUGUGUUUCACAGCUGCUGUGGAACGUGCGCUGCCAUGAUACAAAAAACACAUGCAAGGUCACACACAAACCAAAAGACACAAGCAGACACAGAAGUGCAGGCAACAGGGUCACGUAGCACAUAAACACACACUGGACAGUCGAUCUCAGUCGGACCUCCUCCUCCUCCACACUUCUCCUUCUGCUGCCAGCGCUUUCUCCCAUUCCUCAGCUCUCCAUCGCCCAGUCGUCUCAGAUUCUCAUGUAUUUAUAAAUUUUCAUACACACAGUUGCGCUCUCUUCUCCCCCCC